AUGUCUGGCUUUCAGUUUAAAAAGAAAAUGUUGAUCCUAUUUUGCGCAGCUCUCGUGUUCACGGUUGGACGAUGCACAGACGACCAGUAUUUUGCAACAAAGACUGUUGCUGCUGGAGAAGAUGUGACUCUAACAUGUAGUCGCUCCAAAACUGGAGGAUUGUUAUUCUGGAAGAGAGUUGUAGCUGGAAAGUUGCCCGAAGUCUUAGGAGCGACUUACACUUUUGAUCAUCCCGCUAUUAACCAGACUCCUCACUUCACUGCAAAACAAGGGAAUGGAACAUAUGUUCUCCACAUUAAACAAACAAAGCUGAGUGAUACUGCCUUUUACUACUGUGAACAAAUACUUGAACUACAAAUAACCUUUUUGAAUGUUACUCUUCUGAUAGUCAAAGGACCUGAACUUGACAUCACUGCUGUCAUUCAAGACUUUCCACCUGAUCCAGUCCAUCCAGGAGACUCUGUGUCUCUGCAGUGUUCAGUCCUCUCUGCCUCCGAGAAUCAGACGUGUUCAGAAGGUCACAGUGUGUUCUGGUUCAGAGCUGGAUCAGAUGAGUCUCAUCUCAGUCUGAUUCGUGUUCAUAGAAACAGAGGCGAUGAAUGUGAGAGUCCUGAGGAUCGUGCUCCACAGAAAUGUGUCUACAACUUCAACAGCUUCUCUGAUGUUGGAAAGUACCACUGUGCAGUGGCAACAUGUGGGCAGAUCAUUUUUGGAGAGGAAACAAAGCAGGAGAUUAAUGAUUGA